AUGGCUAGGUGGCUACCACCUAGUAUGAUCAUCUUGUCAUGUAACCACCUUACGUACUUCCCUGUAGUGCUGUUGAUUUGCACCGACCCCUCUAAAAAUACAAGCCCUGCUGUAGGGCAACAGACCAGGCGCAGGUUGAAACCGUGUGAAGAUCAGGGGUGGGAUAUCCGGAUAGCAUCCUUCGUUCCAAUAAUUAUUUCCAUUACUCUAGUUCAUCUUUAUUUCCCAGCCGUGGAUCCAAAUACGUGUACCAACCAACCUUUUGAGGACGGCAAGAUAGCCCCCAACCUCCGAGCCUCCUGA